AUGGAUAGCAUUGCAAUUGUAAUCCAACACAGUGGGCAAUGGGAUGAAAACAAAAGAAACUACAUCAACUUUGAAGUUUGUGGUUUACUCAUUCCAAAUAGUUGCACCUACAACAACUUGGUUGGAAUAAUAUGUGAACAGUUGAAGUUGCAACCAGAAUCAACAGUUUUAAAAAUCGAGUAUCAAGUUAGAGAAGGAUACCCUACUUUCAAAAUUGUUGAUGAUUCGCAAUUGAUGUUCUACAUGGACUUGAAGAAAAAGGAAACAGAUUUAACAAAAUAUCCAUUGUGCCUCACAACUGAGAUCAAUUCAAUUAGGCAAUCAUUCUUCUCAAAUAGGAGUACAACAACACAUAAUCAACUGUAUGAUGAAGUUGCACAAGCAGAAGGAGAGGCAUCAAAUUCAGAUGAUGAACUAGUUCUUGAUUGUGGUGCCAAAGAAGUUGUAGGCUUUAUUGAUUAUGCAAACUCGGUCUCCAACCAAAUUAUAGAAAUGCUAGACAAAAGAAAUGAUGAAGAAGAAGUGAUUGACAUUGAUGAAGAUUUGGUAAUCAACAACAAGCACCACCAAGAGAUUUCUUUGUCUCAAAUCUACAAAGACAAAGAUACUUUGAAGACAGUAUUGAGCCACUAUGCAAUCAGCAAUCAUUUCCAAUAUUGUGUGCAAAAGUCUUGCAAAAAGGAGUAUGUUGUUGCUUGCCUUGACAAAAAUUGCAAGUGGAUGUUACGAGCUUCAAGGAAUGGAAACACAAAUCAAUUCAUAAUUAGAAGGUUCAGCCACAUUCACACAUGUGCAUUGGAAAUAAGAUUAAAAAACCAACGUCAGGCAACCUCGACAAUCAUUGCAGAUAUGAUCAAGCACAAGUUCACAGACAUCAAAACAAAGUACACAGCUGCAGAUAUUGUUAGGGACUUGAAACAUGAUCAUGAAGUGCAAGUCAAAUACAGAUCAUAUAUUGAACUAAAAGCAGAUGAAGAUGGAAAGUUUUUAUAUGCUUUUGUAGCAUUGAAUGCUUCAAUUAAAGGCUGGAACUAUUGCGUACCUGUUGUAAUAGUUGAUGGGACUUUUUUAAAAUCAGCAUAUGGAGGGACAUUACUGGUUGCAGCCACUCAAGAUGCAGAAGGUAGAAUCUUUCCCCUAGCAUUUUGUGUGGUUGAUUCAGAGAAUGAUGAUUCUUGGGAGUGGUUUUUUGAGAAUUUCAAAAAAGCUUAUGGUGUAAGAGAAUGCAUGAGCAUUGUAUCUGAUCGACAUGAAAGCAUCAUAAAAGCAACCAACACAGUGUACCCAGAAGUACCACAUGGGGCUUGCACCUUCCAUCUGCUAAAAAACAUGAAAAGCAAGUUCAAGAAGAACUCAAAAAAGUUCAAGGAUACAUUUUUCGCAGUUGCAAAUGCAUACACUGUCAAAAAGUUUGAGUACCACAUGAGAGAACUUGAUAUGAUUGACAACAGGCUACAACCUUACCUACAAAAUAUUGGCUACAACAGAUGGGCAAGGGUUCACUCACCACACAAUAGAUACUCAAACAUGACAUCGAACAUUGCAGAAUCCUUGAAUUCUGCAAUCGUAGCAGUAAGAGAGCUACCAAUUUGUACAAUGCUAGAGUGUUUACGAGGUUUGGUUCAACAAUGGAGUUGGACUAACAGGAAGAUAGCAAAUGCAACCUCCACCAAGUUAACUGAGAAGCAUGAAGGGAUCUUGAAUGACAACUACAUCUACUCAUUGAAGUUGACGAUGGAUCAACUUCCUUGUGCCCAUGCAAUUGCUAUUCUUAAAGAAAUGAAUCAAGACCCAUAUCAAUACUGUUCUCCAUAUUAUAGCAAGGAAGCCAUGGUUGCAACCUAUCAAGAAAUUGUAUACCCAAUUGGCAAUGAAGACACUUGGGAAAUACCUGAACAUAUCAAAGCUGUGAAAGUACACCCUCCAGAAGGAAGAAUAAGGAUAUUUGAUCAAUUUGCAAAUAAGAAAUUUAAAGAUUACUUUACAUCUGAGUGGGUUGCAUUGGGGUAUGAUACGCUUGCAUUAGUUUCAAUGAGCGUGUAUAUAAGGUUGCAGAUGGUUGCAUUGGGCUUGAGUUGCAGUGGGUUGCAGUUGGUUGCACUUGGUCUAGCCAUGUGUUGCUCUCGGUUGCAUGGGGUUGCAUUCGAGUUGCAGUGGGUUGCAGUUGGUUGCACUUGGUCUAGCCAUGUGUUGCUCUCGGUUGCAUGGGGUUGCAUUCGUAAUUCAUAA